AUGGAUAAAAAUGGAGAUCUUAAUGUUUCUGAUGAGAAGAAGAAUGAAGUGAGACGAUGGAAACAUGGAGAGAACGAUGGAACAAUAGUAGUAGGUGGAAAUGGACAAGGAAAUCGUCUCAGUCAACUCUAUUAUCCUACUUAUAUCUUUGUUGAUGAAGAUCGUUCAAUUUAUGUAUCGGAUCGUCGCAAUGAUCGUGUGAUGAAAUGGAUGAAAGUUGCAAAAGAAGGUAUUGUUGUUGCUGCUGGCAAAGGUCGGGGGAAUAGUUUGACACAACUAUCUAAUCCUCAAGGAGUGAUUGUCGAUCAUUUGGGUAAUGUUUAUGUGGUUGAUUGUUACAAUCAUCGAAUAAUGCGUUGGUGUGAAGGGUGUUGCGAAGGUAGUAUUGUUGUUGGUGGAAAUGGAAAAGGAGAUGAACCAAAUCAGUUCAAUCAUCUCGGAGGUUUAUCAUUCGAUGUUCAAGGUAAUAUCUAUGUUGUCGAUGGGUUUAAUCAUCAAAUACAAAAAUUUGAAAUUGAUUUGAAUUAA